AUGGAGAAUGGGCUGAAGGAGAUGCCACAGAGCAGUGAGGAAGAGGAGGAGGAGGAGAGACGGUCUCAGUCCUGCUCCCCUGAGCUGCCCCUUUCUGACGACACCCGUCCCAAGCCGGACUUCGUCCAGUUAAUCGACGAGCGCGGCAUCUACUCCACCGCCAAGCUGGUGCUGGGGAGCGCAGUGGGCGAGCUGGAGGAGGUGGCGGCGGUGGGGCUGCCAGCCCAUCCCAAACGGGGAACAAGCAGCAUCGGCGAGCUGGAGAUCCGUGAGGUGAUCGUGGACGAGAAGCCCUUCCAGUGCGGUGUCUGCGAGAAGGCCUUCAAGAGGGCCUGGGAGCUCUUCAGCCACGAGGUGGUCCACAAUGAGGAGCGCCCCUUCCACUGCGACCUCUGCCAGGCCUCCUUCAAGCGUCACUCGGACUUCAAAAGCCACCGGCUGGUCCACACGGAGGAGCGGCCAUUCCGCUGCGAGCUCUGCGGCAAACGCUUCAAGCGCUCCUCCAACCUCCAAGAGCACCGGCGCAUCCACAGCGGCGAGCGUCCCUUCCGCUGCCCCCGCUGCGCCAAGAGCUUCAAGACCCCCUACGAGCUCCAGCGCCACGCACUCACCCACUGCGCUGAGAAGCCUUUCAAGUGCACUGACUGCGGGAAGGACUUCCCCACCUCCAACGCCCUCCUCCUCCACCAGCGCCAGCACUGCGACGACAAGCCCCACGUCUGCGGGGUCUGUGGGAAGAAGUUCACCUACGGCCACAGCCUGAAGGUGCACGAGCGGGUGCACACGGGCGAUCGCCCCUUCGUCUGCCCGCUCUGCGGCAAGGGCUUCAAGCAAUCCAAUGCCCUCUCUUCCCACGAGCGGGUCCACACUGGUGAGCGGCCUUUCGUCUGCAAAACCUGCGGAAAAGCCUUCAAGCAGUCAUCCUACCUCGUGAUCCACGAGCGGGCGCAUACCGGGGAGCGCCCAUACAAGUGCGAGGUGUGCGGAAAGGCCUUCGCCCGGCCCUCCUUGCUCCUCCAGCACCACCGUGUGCACAGCCAGGAGCGGCCCUACAAGUGCAGCUUCUGCCACAAGUUCUUCAAGGACCUGGCCUACCUGGCCGUGCAUGAGAAGGUGCACACGGGCGAGACCCCCUACAAGUGCAGCGUCUGUGACAAGGGCUUUGCCCACCCCUCCAACCUGCUGCAGCACCAACGUGUUCACCGCGAUGGCUGA